GUUGCGAAAGCGGCGGCGAGAAGGCUGCUAAGAUGUCAAACCAAAAGAAGUGUCCAGACUGUGGCUCCUUGGAAAUUGUAGAGGACUCUCAUUAUGCUCAGAACCAGCUGGUGUGCACAGACUGUGGCUUCAUUCUGACUGAAGGGCUUCUCACAAACACAUAUGCUGAUGAAGAACAUUUACAAGAAGUCACAUAUUCACGGAGUACUGGUCAGAAUGAGCAAACGAGCCGUUGUGUACAGCGAGGAGUCAAACGUGUUCGGGAUCUCUGCAAAGUUCUGCGCCUUCCUUCUCUGUUUGAAGAUACAGCCGUGUCCUAUUACCAGCAGGCAAUCAAACGUCCCUGCUUCAGUUUAGUUAGCUUGGAGAAGGAGAUGCUUGUGGGCUGUUGCGUCUUUGUGACCUGCCGCCAGCACAACUGGCCCCUGACCAUGGGCACAGUCUGCCUGCUGCUCUAUGGAGACAAGGAGUUGUUUGCAAAGACCUAUCUACGCUUCCUGAAGGAACUGGCACUGGAUGUGCCUACUCUCAGCUUGAUGGAUAUGGUGAAAACCCACCUCAACAGCUUCAAGAUUUUCCAGAAUUCACCCAGCGUCCCGACUAAGUUUGUGGAAGAAAAGGAGCAGCUGGUGGCAAGGACUAUCCAGAUGGUGGAACUUGCCAGCGACACGUGGCUGGUGACAGGCCGGCACCCCAUCCCCAUAGUGACAGCAGCAGCCUUCCUGGCUUGGCAGUCUCUCCGGCCUGUCGAUCGCCUCACUUGCACCCUUUCUCAGUUCUGUAAGCUUGCUGGUAUGGAUGCUCCCCGGCCAGCCCACCAGAGACUGAAGGAGCUGCAUAACAUCCUCCUGCAAAUGGCUUCUCAGCUGGGCUGGUUGCGAGUGCUGAAAGUGGACCGUCGGAGUGUGGCAAAGUACAUCGGUGACCUUCUGCGGCACCGCCGUGUGCUUCUACAGGCUGCCUUCCGCAUCGUGGAUACUACGGAUGACCGUGACCUAGAAGACUCAGCAGCUACGCCACUGCAGCUAAUAGAUGAGAGCGCUGCAACAGUAGAAGAGGCCUCCCUUUCAGGAGAGAAGCAGAAGUUCAGCAAGCGGAAACCUUUGCUCCCACCCUGCGUCUUGAACCCCGCAAAGAGGCUACGAACUCCUGAGCUAAGCCUUGAAGAAUCUGCUAUCACUGGGGAUGAGCCCAUUUUAGACAGUGAGAUAGAGCAGUAUAUCCGGACUCCAGAAGAAAAGGAGAUGUUUAGCAAGGCUCAAGCGUGCCUGUGACCUCAAAGCUGCAAGUGAUUCAGACAGGCUUGCAAGCAAUAGCCUUCUGAUACAUAUUUUGCUCUAGGAGGCUUAGUUUGGUAAGAAUAGAGUAUACACUUCCGGAGUUAAUGCUAAAUACAAUACUUCUGGUAAAUGAGCCAUCAUAACCACUAGAGGAUUGUGAAAAUUUGUGUC